AUUAGUACACAUCAACCAAUCAGACAAACAAACAAACCCUUAAAUUCACAAUGAAGAAAACAAACAAUCCAUUCCCAUUCCUCUCAACAUUCCUAAUCAUUCUCUCUACCCUCACCACCACACCAAACCCAAUCCUCCUCGUCACAGCCCAGAACUCCACAUCACCCAAUAAUCCAGCAGUACUCGACACACAAAACCACACCCUCCAAACAGGCCAAUACUACUACAUCCUCCCCGCCACCACCAUCACCACCGGCGGCGGAGGACUAAAACUCGCCUCCACCGGUCACAACGCCACCACAGCAUGCCCGCUCGCCGUCGUGCAAGACCAAAACGAGCUCAACAAAGGCCUCCCGCUAACUUUCUCUCCGGUAAACCUCACUAACGGCGUGGUCCGAGUCUCCACCGAUCUCAACAUCAAGUUCACUUCCAGGGCCGAGACAGUCUGUGAUGGCGAGUCGAGCGUGUGGAGGCUCGAUGAAUCGAUAGGAGGAGAGAGGUUCGUGAUGAGCGGUGGUGUUGAAGGAAACCCAGGUCGAGAAACGUUGAGUAAUUGGUUUGAGAUUGAAAAGUUUGAUGAUGAUUACAAGCUUGUUUUUUGUCCUACGGUGUGUAAUAUAUGUAAAGUUGCCUGUGGAGAUAUUGGGGUUUAUGUUGACGAGAAUGGAACGAGGAGGUUGGCGGUGAGCGAGGUUCCAUUGAAAGUCAUGUUUAUGAAGGUCUAAAAUCUAAUUAUUUGUUGAUUUAAUUUCCAACCAUAUAUCAUUGUGGAAUAAGGAAGCCUAUUAUUAUUAUGAGAAAUGUUAGGAAUCAUGAAAAUUUUUUCAUGAAAAUGAUCAUGAAAAAUUUGUGACCCUUAGAUUAUCCUGAUUACUGUGUGGUGUUUUAUUGUAAGUGUAAUCCAAAGGUCACAAAUCUUUCAUGA